AUGCUUCAGAAAGCUAUAUUAGAGACGAGGAGGGGCCUCGCAGCUGCAGUGGCAGGAGGAGUACGUCUAGUACCAUUAGAAAAUAUAAGAGCUUCACUAAUAUUAUCAAGGACACCAAUAGUUACACCAGACAUCAGUGAGUUCGACAAAAAAUUUUACAAGUACCAAGAGGAGCUUGAACGAAGAUUGAUGUGGACAUUUCCGAAGUGGUUUUACUUUAAAAAGGGAACAGUUGCUGAGCGAGAAUUCACGAAAGCACAAAAAUAUCCGAUCCCAUCACAUCCAGGUGUUUGGUUCCCUAAAGGACUGCCAGAUAUUAAGCAUGGAAGGGAUAGACGGUUUAGACAGGAUAUCAUAUUGCCAAAGAAGGCUCCCGAGGAAGAAAGUGGUGAGAUGGAGAACGAAACAAGAGCAAUUAAACUAAAUUCAAGAAUUACAGAAGCCGACAAGAAAAACGAUCAAGCGUCUUUAGAGCGGAAGUUGGCACGGACAUUAUAUCUUUUAGUGAAGCAGGAUGGCCAGUGGAAAUUUCCUACUUUCCCCAUUGAAAAUGAAGAUGUUCCACUAAAUGAAGUUGCGGAAAAUGGACUUAGACGAGUCGGAGGAAAUAAAAUCAAUACAUGGAACGUUUCUAGAACACCAGCGGGCAUUCUAAAAUACUCAAAUGGGAAACUUCUUGACUGCGAGCAGAGUGAAAGUCCUUCGGUAAAGGAUUCUUCAAUUGUGAGAGAUUAUUUAAUUAAAUCGCAUAUUCUUGCGGGAAAGUUUGUCCCACAAGACAAACAGGGAGUCGAAGAAUACAAAUGGCUUGUUAAGGAAGAACUUGAGCCUUUACUUGGUAAAGCAUACUUUUCACAGGUGGAGUUUUUGCUUUCUAAAGUGUGA